GCGCGGGGUAGGGGGUCGGGAGUUGGGAGGGGAAAUGACGGCGGCGGAGACGGAAGAAAGAUGUCGGGCGGUGGUGAGGAAGGCGGAGGAGUUGGUGGCGUCGGCCAUGGCGGGGCGCGACGCCUCCCACGACGCCGCCCACGCCUUCCGUGUCCGCGACCUCGCCCUCUCCCUCGCCCGCGAAGAAGAAAACAACAACAGCAGCAGCAUCAGUUUGGAGAUUGUAGAAUUGGCUGCUCUCCUCCAUGACAUUGGUGAUUACAAGUAUACCAAAAAUGGUGUUGAGGAUACGACUGUCGUUGAGAAAUUUCUUGAGGAGGAGGGUUUGGAGGAGGCCAAAAGGGAUAAGAUACUGACAAUUAUUAAAGGAAUGGGAUUCAAGAAUGAAGUUUCUCGAGUACAACUUGCUGAUUCCUCCCUCGAAUUUGGGAUUGUGCAAGAUGCUGACCGCCUUGAUGCAAUUGGUGCAAUUGGGAUCGCACGGUGCUUCAUCUAUGGCGGCAGCAAGGGACACAUUCUCUAUGACCCUGAAAUAUUACCACGGCAGGAUUUAUCGAAAGAAAAGUAUAUGGGUAAAGAUGAGAAACAGACUACAAUCAACCAUUUCCAUGAGAAACUCUUCAAGCUGAAGGAUUUGAUGAAGACAAAUGCUGGUAAAAGGAGAGCAAUCAAGAGGCACCAGUUCAUGCAAGAUUUCUUAACAGAAUUCUAUGAAGAAUGGAGCGGCAGAGCUUAACUCUCAGGUAUGCUUUUAUGGUUAAAUCAUCUGAAGAUGCAAGCUUUUACUUCUUGUUAUAAGCAGCAUAAAACUGUAGGUGGGGCAAUA